GCACUCGAAGGGGGGAGAAUAGCAGCAAUAACUGAGCAGGGUGAAAUGUUUCUUUCUCUUUCAGGAUCUUUUGGUAUUUGAGGGGGUGGCUGUUUACUUCACUGGGGAGAAGUGGGUGCGGCUGGAUUCAGACCAAAGGACCCUGCACAGGGAGGUCAUGAAGAAAUGUGGGAUCAUGACCUCUCUAGGCAGUGAAAUAACAACAGCCAUCAGUUCAGGGCCACCUGUUCUUCAGGAUCGAAUGGGAACGGAUUCCAUGCAACCAGACAAGGGCCUGGUGACCUUUGAGGAUGUGGCUGUGUAUUUCAAUGAGGAGGAGCUGGCCAUGCUGGAUCCGCAUCAGAGAGACCUGCACAGGGAAGUCAUGGAGGAGAAUUUCUGGAACGUUUCCUCUCUGUCAUGUGAUAGACUCACGUGGAAGAGUGAGACUGAGCAAGAACCAUGUGGCGUGUCACUGAAAAGAGACAGAAGCAGAGAGAGUAAAGAGUGGAGGCGGAAAACGGAAGCAAAACAGAAGGGAAGGAAAAGUUCCAUGGUUUAUCAACCCUGUGACUUCCAGGAAAUCCCAACCCAAGACAAAAUGGCGGAAGGAAAAGAAAGGAAUAGGCAUCCCAUGUGCAAGAAGACCUUCGGUUUGAAACCAAGUUUUAAUGUUCAACGGAGAACGCAAACACUGGAGAAACCACUUCAGUGCUCCGAGUACGGAAAGGGCUUAAGCCGCCGUUCAGAACUCAGGACCCGUAAGAGAGUCCUCCUAGAGGAGAAAGCGUUUCACUGCUUGGAGUGUGGGAAGAACUUCAGUGGGCAUUCGAGCCUCAGGACCCACCAGAGAAUCCACAUAGGGGAGAAGCCGUUUCAGUGCUCCGAGUGCGGAAAGAGCUUCACUCAGAAAGUCAACCUCCAUUCCCAUCAGAAAAUCCACACGGGAGAAAAACCGUUCAGAUGCUCCGAGUGUGGAAAGAGCUUCAUCAAGAGCGCGGACCUCACACGGCACCAAAGGAUCCACACCGGGGAGAAACCCUACGCCUGCUCGGAGUGCGGCAUGAAUUUCCGCCACAAGUGGAACCUUACGAACCACCAGAGGCUGCACACGGGGGAGCAGCCCUUUAAAUGCGCUGAGUGCGGGAAGAGCUACGUCAACAGCACGAACCUCAUUUCACAUCAGAGAAGCCACACGGGGGAGAAGCCAUUUCGGUGCUUGGAGUGCGGGAACUGCUUCCGGAGGAACGGGGACCUCGCUAGGCACCAGAGGGUCCACACCGGGGAGAAGCCCUACAAGUGCUUGAUAUGUGGGAAAAGGUUCAGUCAGAACUCGAGCCUCCACGCCCACGAGAGGAGCCACACGGGAGAAACAGUACGGACGCUCGAGGUUUGGAAAGAGCUUUGGCCGGAGCAGGCCUAACACAACAUCGGAGAAUCCGCAUGGGAAUUUCACGUAGAAGUGUUGGAAGCAGGAACGUAAGGAAAGCCUGGCUGCUGGAUCAGGCCAGGAUCAGCAUCCUGUUCUCAAGGUGGCCAGCCUGUUGCUUGUGGGGAAACUGGCAAGCAGGAACCGAAUACAAGAGCAUUAUCCCCUCGUGCAGUUUCCAGAAAUUGGCAUUCAGCA